AUGAAAAUUAAUAUAAUUUCAACUUUAUAUAGUACUACACACAUUCUUGUAGAGUGUCUUAGAGAUUUCCAGAGCAAUCUCGGUUGUGUUGCCAGAGUUGUUGUACUUUCUGGCUUGAACAUUUGUGUACUCAAUAUAGAAACAGUCAAAGCAUUAACACCAUUCAUUCGGGAUCAUAGAGCUAUAUUUAGACAAAGUUUAAAGAGGUAA